AUGGAGUAUCGGCACGAGGAUCAACAGCGGCGUCAGCAACUGUUGACCAUCGUUGACCGAGGCAGUGCGGAACAAUUAUUUAAUUUUUUACAACAAUUUCAUCGAAGACCAUUUCGAAAUCUUUCAGAAGUUAUAGGAUAUGAUGGUGUUAUUGAUUAUCAAAUUGAUUUUAUUGAUUGUACAGCAACACGAUAUAAUGUUACACCAUUAAUUAUUGCUGCUGGUAAAGGUUCUUAUGAAAAAACUAAAAUUCUUCUUGUACAUGGUGCUAAUCCAAAUCAACAAUGUUCAACAGGUGAUACAGCAUUAAAUUUGGCUGUUCAUCGUCAAAAAUAUCAUAUUGUUGAUUUACUUUUAAAAUAUCAUGCUAAUCCAAAUAUUUAUAAUCAAUCAGGCAAAACAGCAUUACAUCGUGCUGUUGUUUCAUAUAUUGAUGAAAAUGCAAAUCAUGUACGAGCAUUACUUCAUGCUGGUGCUGAUCCAACAUUAGAAGAUCGUAAUCAACGAAUACCACUUGAUGAAGCUGUUAUGGUUAAUAAACCAGAAAUUGUUGGUGUUUUACUUUCUCACGAUCGAACAUUAGUACAACGAGCUUAUCGAGCAGCAAUUAUUGGCGCACGUCUUGGUCAUGAUAAAUGUCUGGAAAUUUUACUUGAUUUUGGUCUGGAUCCAAAUAUAAGCGAUCGAACACGUACAACACCACUUCAUGUUGCAGUUCGUUCAUUAAAAUUAUCUACUGCUCGUCUUUUGGUUUCUUAUGGUGCCGAUCCAAAUAUGAUAAAUAAUCGUGGAGAAACACCAAUAGGCUUAGCUGAAUAUUUACAACCUGAUCAAAAACAAUUAUUUAUCAAUACACUUAUUCAAUCUGAUAUGAAUGAAGAGAGAAAGAGAGUAAAAUUACCUACAAAAGCCAUACCUUCAUCGUUAACAAUGCUAAAUGUAAAUGCAACUACAGAUACAAUGUCAACAAUAAACAGAGAUACAUCAAGAGUUGAACCAUCAGAUUUCCAUAGAAUUAUAACUGGAACAAUGCAAGUAAAUAUUAUUCCGUAUGUUCAUCCAUUACUUCGCAGUCGUCCAAAUUGGACAUUAGAUAGUGAAGAAUUUCGAAGUCAAACUGAUAUACAUUCAUCUGUACAAAAUCUUCUUGAUACUUCAAGUGGAUCAUAUUGGUGUUCUAUACAGAAUAGAGGUGCUUGGGUUAUUUUUGAUUUAAAACAUCAACAUAAUAUUAGUGGAAUGAGAAUUAUUGGAUGUGAUAGUCAAUCGACACCAAGAAAUGGUCAUAUUGAUGUAUCAAAUGCUUUUAAUGGUCCAUGGUUAAAAGUUAAAGAUUUUACUUGUCCAUUAUCUCAAGGCAAUAAGAAUGAUAUCUUUUUCAUACCAGUAAAAACUCGUUUUAUUCGUGUAUUUAUAUUGGAUAAUUAUGGUGGUAAUGAUAUUCGUAUACAAGGUAUUGGAUUUUUUGGUGUUGAUAUGCGUCUCGUAGAGGCACUUCGAGCAUAUGGACUUGAAAAAAGUCUUCAUACAUUAUUAGCUAAUGGUAUUAACGAUUUAGAAACAUUGGAUGAAAAACGAGAUGAAAUUUUAAAUUCAUCUGACAGAAUUUUGGAUGUGAAUGAUCAUUAUCAAUUAAUACGAUUAAUAGAAUCAUUAAGAUCAUCAAAAUUAACUUAUCUUGAAUGGUUUAAUCCACCUCAAUCGACUGUUUUGGCUGGUGAAAAAUUACAAACAUUUAGUGCUGUUGGUGAUGAAGCAGUAACAGAUCGUGUUAAAUUAGAAGAAAAACUUGAAAGUAGUCCACAUAUAAGAACAGUACUUAUGCGAGAUCUUGAACCAAUUCAAGGUCGUUCAUUAGUUGAUUUUCCUGAUUAUGUUAUAAAAGAUCCUGGUCGAUAUAAAGUACGAGUUGUAAGUGUUGAUUCACCUAAUAUACAAACUCCAUGGCAAGAUAUAGUUGUUGAAUUCUUUUUCUUUAUGUAUAAAUGUAUCUUAUAA